AUGACCAACAGGGUUAGAAGAAAUCAACCCGUUACUCGUGAUUUUCCAUGGUAUUCUUUUCCACGAGAUGUUGCACCCGAGACACAUGCGCAAUGGACUACUAAGCUUGAUUUACUCAAGAAAAGGAAGGUGCACGUUCUAGUUGAGGUUGAUUGGCAUUGGAUUGGAAGUUCGGGUUUGAUGGACGUUAUGGAGCCUUAUCUUGACAAAUUGGCCGAUUUCCUUAUAGUUCGUGCAGCUAAGGAUAGGCGUGGAUCCCCGCUUUAUGGCGGUAUGUGGAUUACUCGACUCGUGCGAUCUUUUGGUAUUUUUUUGAAACGGGAGGCUUCUUUACUUACAGUUGAACCUCAAAAGACCUUUUCCACUCUUCUUUAUAAGAGGGCUCAUCUUAUUGUUGAUCAUGGAAUGGGUGGUUUUAGCAUUCCUGAGGAUACUCCACGACACCGGGUUCCAAGCCGUGGAAGGCAACGGGGAAAUGAAGCCGAAGCAGAUAAGCCAGUGGUACCGGAAGAAGAUAAGAUGCCCAUGGAUCCUUACAGUAUGGCAAGAGACGAUAUGAGCACUAUAUGUCUAGUGCAGCAAAUUACACCAACAUGA